AUGGGAGAUGAGCGCAGCACAGGCACAACAACCCCGGCCCAGGAUGCUGCAGCCGCCUCUCCAACUCCGGACCCGAGCCCCGCGCGGUCCGUAGACUCCCCGACGUCAUUCGUGGAAGGUUCCCCGAUGACAUCGGCUGCAGGUCAAGCGGAUCUUCUUGACAAACUGGAAUGCCUUCCUGAGAAAUCGCAGAUGUGGAUCCUGGAAUUGCGGAAGCAUCCUGACAUCAAAGGCAACUUCAACUGGGAAGAAGUAUUAGAAGAUGCCGGACGUGGGGAAGACGUGGAAAAGGUGCACUACGUGCGAGCGACACUUGAUGAUGACAAUUCCCUCGAAUCUCAUGAGAACUGCCACCGUGAAUUUGAUCAAGCACGUUACUUCCGCAAGCUCGCAAGCCCGAUUGCGUUAAAGCUGGGCGGUUCAGUGAGCCAGGAAGAAGACUGGACUGAGGUUAAGAGGACACUUGAAGACCACGUGCAAAAUUUCUCAAAGGAAGCGCUCGAAACAAUCCCAGAGAAGAUGUUCGACAGAGAAGAGGGGAAGAAGUUCUUAGAAAAGUCAAGAGAUUGGGCAGAUGAGAAAAAGGACAUGAAACCACCAAGGGGAUGGACAUUAGACAAGCGCGAAGCGGAAACGUCCUGGGCUAGAAAAGACCUUCGCGGAGCGGAUCUAAGCGGCGCGCAGCUGCAGCUGGUUAGCCUCUCCCAGGCUCGGCUCCUAGGUGCAAACUUGGAAUUGGCUGCGCUGGAGUGUGCUUGCCUCAGGCAUGCUGACCUCAGGGGCGCAUCUCUUGAAAGGGCUAAGCUGAACAGAGCUUGGUGUCGGCAUGGCCGCCUGGAAGGGGCGCAUAUGUAUGAGACUGAGCUCUGCGGAGCAUUCCUAAAGCAGGCUAAUUUGCGAUGGGCGCGAUUGUGGCGUGCAAAGCUGAAAGGAGCCCUUUUGCAUCGUGCAGACCUUUCCUGGUCCGUCAUGCACACGGCAGAUCUCACGCAUGCCGACCUUCGGGUUGCCAUACUCACCGGUGCUAUCAUGAAGAAUGCCACCCUCAUCAACGCGCAGCUGGACGGUGUGUACUGGGAGCACGGAAAACCGCCCAUUGUCGAUGGUGUGAACUGUGGAGUUCUCACAAAACCUGUGCCCACAAAAACGGUCAGACACAUCCACAAGCGGCCGAAGUUUCAAUGCGCUUGGUUGGAGCUGCUGGGGUCUCUCGUUGAGUGGAUGUGCGAGCUGAUUCAGCUUGUAUUCCGGCGUUGCCUUGAAAUAUUUUUCGAGCGUGACAGCGAUUCCGACGAGUAUGAGUACGAAAGCACAUUCAAGGAGUUUGCGGAGGUAUCCGAUGAUCCACAGGACACAGAUACGCAGCUGUCCGUGAAGGAGGGCAUCCACAGCAAAUGCACCGAGAAGUUCUCGCAGCAGGAGGAUGUGCUUUCGGAGCCGCUUCUGCCACGCCACCAGGAUGGCCAUGGAGGUAUUGUGGACGGUCAUGGACCGAGCAUGACCGAGCCGCGAAGUCACCCCCAGGCUGCGAAGGACGGGGAGUCUGUCAUGGGAGAGAUGGUUGCCAGCUUCCUGGUCCCACGGGAGCAUCUCGACUCGGCUCGCAUCGAGAUUGAAACUAUGCUCGCUCAUCUCACGAGAAUGCAGGGGCCGGUGAACAAGCAGAACUGGGAUGACAUUAUCGAUCACUUUCAUUGCCUCUACCGCAUGAAGGACACUUUGCGCGGCGAGAGAAGCAGAGAGGUUCACGCAAAAAUCUGGAAGAUGUAUGAGCUGCGCCGGGGAGUCAAGGUAGCGCUGACGUUUCAGCAUGUGGCGCGCCCUCAUGAUCCUCCGAACUAUGUGCUCCAAGAGGUCAAAGCCGUGGUCAGGGUCGUGAACAAUCAUGCGAAGGGAUGGAGGAACCAGCUGAACAAGGAGAUCGCGUACAUCGAUGCUGUGAAACAACAACAGUCCAUGAAUUCCACCCGGGUCAACGCGGCAAUCUCAGGUUGUUUCUCGUUCUUUUUCAGCGCCUGGUUUUUCCAGCACUUUGGUCUAAUCUACGCGCAAGAAAGCAGCGCUGAGCAAGACCAUCGGAGACUUCGGGGACUGGGACCCUUCUGA